AUGGCUGACCUCGACGUCGCAAGCCACUACAACCUACCCUCCAAGUUCCCCGAGGAAUGGCCGGCAUCAUUAGACGUGGCCGAUGAGCCAGAAGAACAGCCGGUUCAGCGAACAGACUCCCGUCCACGCAAAUCACGAUACAUAGCCCUCGAACGCAGUCCCAGUGAUUGGAGAAGCAACUUUGGUUCACGAAGAGGGAAGGAAAGCAGAGACAAUGCGCGGGAAGACGAGCCCGACCCCUUGGGUACAAGUGACAGCGUUCUCCGGAUUCUCAAGCAGCGAGGAGUGCCCUUGGAGGAAGAAGGCAAAUCACGGUUCCUACUGUCAUCGACAUCAUUCUCGCCCGCACUAUUCCUAUCACAAGCGCAUCACUCGGCCUCUAUGGAAUCGCUGAUGAGCGGCCUGGAUAACCUGUCACAUUCAAUCGACCAGAAGUCAGCGUCGCUGAAAGUACUGGUGGAAGCCAACUUUGAGCGCUUCGUUCGUGCUAAGGCAACUAUCGAUAGCGUCUAUACCGAGAUGAGGAACCAGGGCGUUGAUAAGGAACCGCGUCUGAGUCCACGCAGGUCGGGGCAUUUCCGGAGCUACUCAGGUCACCAACGGAGCAUAUCUCCUGCCCCAAUGGCUGCCAAGAAGACCGCUCUUGUCAAGGAGAGCGAGUUCGGCUUGAAGGGUAUUAGGGGUCCUUUGGUCGAGGCUUCUGUCAAGGCCGAAGAGGUGUGGGGGCCAGCUCUUGGGGGUCGGGAACGAGAGAAGGUACUGAAGUCGGUGGUGGAAACGAUGGAGAAACACCGCGAGGUCUAUGAAAUUGGAAGCCAUUUAUCCAAGUCAAUCCAGCAGCGCGAUUACGAUGCUGUCUUUGGGCAGUAUACCAAAGCGAGAACGCUCGCAAAUCGGGCUAAGAAUAUCGCGGAGCAGGCAUCCAGUUCUCGCCGGCAACUGAACGACUCUGAGACACACACCAUUCUGGCCAUGGGCCGGAUGUGGAUGGAUGUUGACCAACAAAUCCACGACUUUAAGCGUGAUCUCUGGAGACGUCUUGCCGAUGCCCCCACCACUUCAACCACAAGCACCGCCUUAGGGCCCGUGGAAGAACACAUGGAGUUGAUCGGGGCCUUGUUAGAACUCGGUGUCGAGGACAACCCUAUCUGGACAUGGCUUCAGAGUCGUGUCGAAUUCUUAAAAACAAAGAUCACCGGCUUCUGUGAACGAUGCAAGGUCGAAAUUGAAAUUUUAAGAAGAAGACUUGCUGGUGGAGAAAGACCAAAUCCACAGGCUACAGCAUCCUAUCUCCGCCUGGCACCUCGUGAUGGUGCGACUGGUUUGCUGGGCGAGGUGUUGGAUUUCUGGGAAGUCGCACAAUCAUUCGUUGAUGGCAAUCGACAACGGCUUUUGCCUGCCGGGUUUGAAGGGGAGAGUCGCAAGCAUCACCGUCUUUCCGAUGACAAUAUUAAGGAGUUAGAGGAAGGUAUUGCGGUGUUGGUCAAUAUUAUUCGAGAGAGCGUCGUGGCGCUCUUCACGGAACCCCCAACCGAAGAUAUCUCCAUACUCUUCUCGCCGAUUCCAGCAAGUCCAUCAACUCCAGAGUCGAGGGGUAUCACUCCGACAGAGUCCCGCUUCAAGCUGGAUCCGAAGAACCUACCAUAUCCUCCCCCAAAGCUUGGAGAGCACUGGGAGGAUUUCGCAUUCUGGCCACCAUUUUCCAAUUCGCUUAGUGGAGUGCACUACUUAAGUAAAUUCCUCAUCACUGUGGGCACCGCUGCGAGCGAAAUGGCAGCCCUAAGGCCGAUUGGCGGCUCUGGAAAAACGUAUGACCUCCUCAAGACCCUUGUCAGCAUUUCCCGGGAACGAUGUGCACGCGUGGCGUGUGCUGCCUGGAGUAAAGAUGCAGAGGUAUGCAAAAUGUUGGAAGACUGGACACGCGAUUCGGAGAAGCGUGAUUUGACUAAGAUGCCCGGGUUCUUUGUGGCUUUCGAGAGUGCUAUCCUUGGGGGCAUGCAAAAGAUCCUUUACAUUUCGGAAGCUAUGGCGAAGCCAGGUUCCGUGGAUGUUGUCACUCCGCCGCCUGCGAAACUGCUUCAAAUGGUCCGCUCUCAGUUCGUAUCGAGUGUUUACAAAGCGUUGAGCGGGCUGGUCGAAAACGCAGAGCACCUGUCAACGGUAGAUGAGGAAAACGAAUGGAUUAUUGCUCGACCAGCAAUGACAAGUCAAGCGACUGACGCUGCUUUGUCGGUCCUCUCGGCUGAUUCAGUCGAUUCUUGGAAUCGGAAUGUUCGAAUCCUUCUCACGCUUUCAAACCUCAAGGCUCUACAGGCUGACCAUGUCCCACAACUUAUCUCGAACUUUGAGACAUCCUUCUCGGUCAAGCUGACGGAAGAGGCGAAGACUGUCCGGGACGUGCUGAGCCAGAUUGAAGCCAGGCUAUUCCAAUCAUAUAUCACCCCGACUACUGCCUCAUUAAACAAAACUAUCACCACUGGCAUUGCAUCUCCAGAUUGGGAGCCGUCCAUCUCCACAACUAUUCCGUCUACCGUGUCAUCAGCUGCUAGUCGCGCUCCAUCAAGUUCACCUUCCUCGCUGCUGGCCACUGUAUUGACACAUCUCCUUUCUCAAAUUUCUUCCUCGCUGCUUGAUGCCUUCCGUGCUCGGUCCUCCUUCUCGCUGCCAGCUUUGAUGCAAGCUACCUUGGAUACCGAGUUCAUUGCACAGACUCUUAGCCCGUACAUAACCGAGGAGGCAUCGAAUGUGCAAAGCCAGAUCUACGUCGAACUGGAUUGUCGUACCACAAACGAAGCUCGCACAAAACUGAAGGCCGAACUAGGAGAAAUGCGGGUUAUCCUGAAACGACUCAGAGAUCGGACUAAGGGCGAGUUUGCUUGUUUCAAAAAGCCGAGAAGCGGCGGAGGUGCAAAUGGUGGCUCCAAGUCUUCCGCAGCGACCUCGACAUAG